GUUAACAGUGUUUGGUCACAUGUCCCAAAUUCAGCACUGUGUUCAGACUGUCGCUUUCCUGGCCUAAUUCUAUCUAUUUCAGAGUUCAAACACUGAUGAGCAUAUCAGUAAAUUAUAACUGGUGAUACACACACAAAUAAUGAAACUGUCACAAGGCAGUUUCUCUUGUCUUAAUUAACCCAAAUGGCAUCAAAUAUUGGCUCUUCUGUGCUUGAGAACAUUGUAAUAGCUGACCUUUGUGGAAGAAACUUGAUUCUAAGUAAAAAAUGUUCAGAUACAAGCUGAUGGGAAUUUUAUUCAUGAACGUGCUAAACAUAAGAUAAAAACAUUUCUCCACAAAUAAGGGAGAAAAGAAAGGAAGCUGGAGAAGGCAGAUCAAAGGAGCUAUUUUCAAAGACAACUGAGCAGGUAACAGGUCUUGUGAGAUGAGUAAAAGGUAUGGAGACAGUACAAUCCCUAACCUGGGACUCUUGUCCAUCAGGUGAGUAUGGGUUUAAGGUUAAGGUAGAAAGAUACUGUGGUAGGAACCUCUCUCAUUUUUUUCCCAAGAGGCUCCUGCAAGCCAGAGGCAAAUGGGUCUUUAUGAAAAAUGGAGACAGCCAGUAACAAGAUCCUUUCAUCAUUUGCAUUUCAAGCCUCUGACUUGUGGUCGUGUGGCAAGCAAAUGAAGAAAAAUGAAAUAAACAUUAACGGGGGUGGGGGGCGGUAUUUACAAUAACAUUGAGUGAGGGUCAGAAGGCUACAGAGCAAGUACUGGUCCUUGGCGUGGAAACCUGAAAGUCAGGGACAAAGAGAAUGGCCACAGUGAGCACAGAUGCCACAGAUAGAGACAUGUCCAGGUUUAAAAUCGUCCUCACCUUGGUGGUCCCCGGAAUAGAUUGCCUCACUGGCAUCGUUGGGAAUGGCUUCAUCACAAUCAUCCAUGGGGCCAAGUGGGCCAGAGGCAAAAGGCUCCCGGUCAGUGACUGCAUUCUGCUGAUGCUCAGCUUUUCCAGGCUCUUACUGCAGAUCUGGAUGAUGCUGGAGAAUAUUUACAGUCUACUGUUCCAGGUCACUUACAACCAAAACACAGUGUUUAUACUCUUCAAAGUCACUGUCAUUUUCCUGAACUAUUUCAACCUCUGGCUUGCUGCCUGGCUCAACAUCUUCUAUUGUCUGAGAAUCGCAAACUUGGCUCACCAUGUGUUCAUGAUGAAGAGGAAAAUCACGGAGCUGAUGCCUCGGCUUCCGGGACUGUCACUGUUCAUCUCCUUAUGCUUCAACUUUCCUUUCUCUACAGAUAUCUUCCAUGUGUACGUAAAUAGUUCCAUCCCUAUCCGCUCCUCCAAUACCUCUGAGAAGAAGUACUUCACUAAGACCAAUGUGGUCAACCUGGUUCUUCUCUAUAACCUGGGGAUCUUCAUUCUUCUGAUCAUGUUCAUCCUUUCAGCCACCCUGCUGAUCAUCUCUCUCAAGAGACACACACUACACAUGGAAAGCAAUGCCACUGGCUGCAGGGACCCCAGCAUGGAGGCUCACAUAGGGGCCAUCAGAGCGACCAGCUACUUUCUCAUUCUCUACAUUUUCAAUGCAGUUGCUCUAUUUCUUUCCAUGUCCAACAUCUUCGACAUCAACAGCUCCUGGAAUAUUUUGUGCAAAAUUGUCAUGGCCGCCUACCCAGCUGGCCACUCAGUGCUACUGAUCUUGGGUAACCCUGGGCUGAGAAGAGCCUGGAAGAGGUUUCAGCACCAUGUUCCUCUUCACCUGUAA